AUGGAGAAAGUCGACGUGCUUAUUUGUGGCAGCGGAUCCGCUGGUCUCUGUGCCGCGACAUGGCUUGCCCGGUACGGCGUACGAUGCAAGAUCUUAGAACGCCGAGAGGGGCCGAUGAAAAGGGGCCAGGCAGACGGCGUUCAGUGCAGGACAGUCGAGAUCUUUCAGAGUUUUGGUAUUGGCGAAGAGCUGCUCCGUGAAGCCUACCAUGUUCUUGAGGUAGUUUUCUGGGCUGAUGACGGCCGCGGGGCUAUCAAGCGCACUGGCCGGACAGCUGAUACACAGCCUGGACUAUCACAUCAACCUCAUGUGAUCUUGAAUCAAGCUCGGAUCAACGAUCUUCUGAUCAGGCGGAUGCAAGCAUUUAAUGACCAAGAGGUCGACUAUGGAUACAACGUUACCAAUGUGCAGGUCGAUAGUGGCGCUUCCGCUACGGAUGCUGAUGCAUAUCCAGUCACUGUGACGGCAGAGCAUGGUGGCGAAGCCAAAACCUUUGGUGCUAAAUACGCCUUGGCCUGCGAUGGGGCUCACAGCGUGGUCCGUAAAGCCCUCGGAUACAACAUGAUAGGGGAUAGUAGUGAUGCUGUCUGGGGUGUGAUGGAUGUAAUACCUCGUACUGACUUCCCGGACAUUCGCAAAAAGUCUAGUAUUAGGUCCAAGUCAGGAAUUCUUCUGAUCAUCCCUCGUGAAGGAGAGAACAAUAACCUAACACGGUUCUAUAUCGAGCUCGCAGGCGGAACAAACCCCAAAGGUGUUACCUUGGAAAACUUACAAACCCAAGCACAGAGUAUCUUCAAGCCAUAUAGCGUGGACUUUACAGAGAUAAUUUGGUGGUCUGCGUAUGCGAUCGGCCAGCGAUACGCCGACUACUUCCACAAAGACCACCGAGUUUUCCUUGCUGGCGAUGCUUGCCAUACUCAUUCUCCCAAAGCUGGCCAGGGAAUGAAUGUCAGCUUACAGGACGGCUAUAACAUUGGAUGGAAGCUGGGAGAGGUUUUGACUGGACUGGCUAGCCCUUCGAUUCUGGAAACCUAUGUAUUAGAGCGGCAAAAGGUUGCCAUUGACCUCAUCAACUUCGACCGCUACUUCACUAAGUUAUUCUCUUCUGGGGCCAGCACGACCCCCCGGGAGUUCCAAGAGGGAUUCAUCAGGGCUGGGAAAUAUACAGCUGGCCUGACUGCCAAAUAUGAUGCCUCUGCCAUCACCUCGUCGCAAGGGUCGGGGCUGCUGGCCUCCAAUGUCGCGGUUGGCAUGCGAUUACCAAGUGCUCAGCUUGUGCGUUUCUGUGAUUCAAAGCCCAUGCAGCUGAUGGAAUGUUUGAAGUCGGAUGGUAGGUGGCGUAUUAUGAUCUUCAUUGGCGACCUCACGGUUCCAAGCAGUCAUUCCAAACUUGAGAUGAUUGGUAAAUACUUGGCCGCGACCGACGGGCCUCUUCACAAAUUUACGCCAAAAGCUCGGGAUAUUGACGGCUUGCUUGAAACCGUUGUCAUUGGCUAUGGGAAGCGACAUAAUGUCGAGUUGGAGCAGAUCCCUGAGAUCUUUUACCCGGCCGUGGGCAAGAACCAAAUAAGAGACUUACACAAGAUAUUCUACGAUGACGAGAGCUAUAACAAAGGCCAUGGGCAUGCGUAUGAGCUCCUCGGUAUAAGCCCGGAUGAAGGGGCGUUGAUUAUCGUGCGGCCUGACCAAUAUGUGUCGGCUGUUUUGCGAUUGGAAGACUUUUGCCAGAUCGGAACGUUUUUCGAGGGAUUCCUCAAACCGCAAACGUAG